AUGGUAGAGGACUUAUCAGUCUCCUAUAUUGCUCUGAAAUUGGAGAAUGAAAUUCUGCAGGCCCAAGUGCAGCGGCUGAUGGAAGAAAAUGCUGCCCUCCAGGCCCAGAUUUCAGAGUUGCAGAAGCCCCAAGCAGUCAAAGAGGAUAAAACCCUCCAAGAGUCCACUGAGGUUCAGGAGCCUCAGGAGUCCCCAAAGCUCCUGAAUUCCCCAGCAGCCUGGGAGCCACAAGAGCCUCCAGAGAUCAAGGGGUCCCAGAAGCCUCCAGAUUCACAGAAGCUAUGAGCCUGGGGGCCACUAGCAUCCAAGAAGCCCCAGAAGGCCCAGAAGCCCCUGGAGCUCUCAGACACCAAGGAGCCCCAGGCAACUCUAAUGGUUCAUGAGCUCCCAGCAGCCUGGGAGGCACAGGAGCCCUCAGACACACAGGUUGCCACAGCAGUUCAGGAGCCCCAAAACUUAGAACCCCAGGACCCCCCAAAUGUUGAGGAACCCCAGGAGACACUAAAAUGCCAGGAGAGCUCAGCACAGAUUAAAUUUCUUGAGCUUCCAGCUUCCCAGGAGCUUCUGGAGCCUUGGGUGCCCCAGGAGCCCCUGGACCCUUCAGAUGCUCAAGAGAUCCUAGAACUUUCAACACUCCAGGAGUCCCUGGAGGGCCUAAUAGCUGUGGAGAGUUUAGUAGCUUUAGAGUUUCCACAGGUCCCCAGUGGGCUAGAAGCUGCAACUUUCCCCCUAGAAUACCCCUUAGCCUUCAAUGGGGAUGCCCAGAAGCUUCCUGAAUUCCUGGUUCAACUGAAUAGUUACAUGAGAGUCAGAGGGCACCUGUAUCCCACUGAAGCAGCCCUGGUGAGCUUUGUCGCCAACCGCUUCUCAGGUGAGGCAGGGAGGUGGUUUCAGCCCUUACUAGAUAUCCAAAGCCCCCUGUUGGAGCAAUUUGAAAGUUUCUUACAAGUGCUCCAGAAUACUUCUGACAAUCCAGAAAACAUGAGAGAUGCCAACCACUACAUUCGUCAACUCUGCCAGGGGGAGGGCUCUGUCAACCAGUAUGCAACCCACUUUCACCUUAUUGCUCAAGAGCUGAACUGGGAUGAAAGCAUUCUCUUUAUCCACUUUCAAGAAGGGAUUGUCAGUUCUAUCCAGGAUGAACUAUCUUGCACAACCCCAGCCACCAACCUAUCCAACCUGGUCACUCAGUACACUGGCCUAGAAGAGAAGGCUGAUCCCAAUCCGUCAGAAAAAAGCCCUUCUGAAGAGAGAGAUGGGCCUGAAAGUCCACCAGCUGAAAAUCAACCUGUACAGGCUGCAAGCAAUCGCCCACAUCUCAGUGAGGCUGAAUGGGCCCGUCGGCGUGAAGCCCACUUGUGCCUCUACUGCGGUCAUCCUGGUCAUUUUGCCAGAGAUUGCCCUGUCAAACCUCAUCAUACACAGCAGGUGGGAAACGUCGAGGCCCGGCGGUAA